AUGACGAAAGAGGACUUGGAUGCUCUGGAGCAAGUACUGCAAGAUCAUGGAAAUGACGGCUCAUACCCAUUUCUGGUAGAUUUGAAAAGGAUGAGUGGUGGCUGGUACUUCAAAUCGUGGAAGAAGAAUGGCUGCCCGGCGUAUCUGGCCAUUGUCGAAGAGCAUUACUAUGUGGAAGAGAACUCGGAGACAUCAGUACUCAGGGCUCCAGUCCAACAACAUCAAAGCAGUAAAUCAUCCUCAUUCCAAGGUCAAUAUCUAUCUCCUUCCCCUUCCCCAACAACGACAGCCGGUCUGGGUGUGAGCCAGUCUCAGCCGAAGUCGCGCCAUUUGAGGCCCGACCUGACACGACAACGGUCUUCCCAUUCCUUGAUCCGAAAUCAGGCACGCCAGAGCAGCUUGAAUACACGUGGCAUCCAAGAUGUCUCAGACAUGUUGACGCUGGAUGAAGAUAGUUCAGACGAAGACUCCUUAUCCUCACGGGAAUAUCGCCUUUUCUCCAUCCAGCCGCUGGCCAAGGACUCGAGUAACUGGGUCAGAUGCAGCGUGCGGGAAGAGCCUUUGGGCACCAACGAGAUCCUGGAACGGAUCAGACAGCUCGACUCGGACAAGACUUCCGUGAUAGACAAGAAGCUAUCGCUUCGGGCAGACCAGCAGGCGCAGGUGACCCGAGUCCACACCAAUGUCGUGACGACCGAGACAAAUCCCAGCAUGUACUGGCUGCUACGCCAAUUACAGGUCAUGCAGAAAGAAACUUCUUUUUUCUGGAAGAGGGGUGAGGACUCAGGGAUUUUGGUUAUUUUUGCGCGGGAGCCGCGGCCAGGCUUCGAAUAUACCGAGAGACCGAGGCAUGGCUCCUCCACGACGACAGUGGCGGCGACGAACGCGAACGAAAACAACCUGAGCAGGCCCAUGGAAGAAGCCGCUCCCCUGCCAUUACAUUCCAUGCCAGUACCGUUAACUGCUCCGAAUAAAGAGGCACACUCACCUUCCAUAAGAUCUUUCGAGAAGAAGACCGAGUUGGAAAAAGACACAGCCGCCGCAGACACUGGUAGCAUCGACUUCAUCAGAGUCGACGUCGACCCUGAAAGAAAGACUGCGUUGCCCGAGUACCUGAAAGAUUCAGUCUCCAGAAGGUCCAGGUCCAGGUCAAAACCCUCCCGUACCGACAGGGAGAGCACAGCUCGGAGACCGCCGCUAUCGAGAGUUUCAACAAACAACGCCGGUGAUGGUGUGUAUGAAAGUCGAAACAUGUUAUCACGAGCACGAUCCCGAGUUCCUUCACCAUCGAGAUCUUGGAGCAAUGAAUUGUCGAAAGUGCGUUAUGACGCAUACUCUGCGGGACGCAAACAUCAGGAGAUAGAGGACGAAGCCGAGAAGCGUGAGCAGUCGGCCCUGGAGCGAUACUACGGGCAGGUCGACGCUCGCCGCGAGAUCGAAAGAGCGAGUUACUGGCAACCAGAGGCAGAAAGAUCGUCGUUCAACGAGAGGUUCUCUCGUCGACCGCGCGAAAGCAUAGAUGGCUUGCAACGGGGGGACUUUGACAACGAGGUCCGCAACGAGGUGCUGGUGAUCAGGGCCCUCGAGCACCGCCAAGGUAAAGCCGCUGAGAGGCUACAAAAAGCCCGGACAGUCUCUGAGGCUGAAGAAGCAAGGUUGGAUUUGAAUAUGAAUGAAGACCUUUCAGACACUGCGGCUUAUGAUCUCGCACGCAUGGAACUACAAGCACGGGAUCAAGCGAGAUAUCCCACUCACUUUGACAAUGAGCCAUAUGAUCCUAAAGCAAGCUCUCCAGGCCCCGAAGGUGACGCCAUCGAUCAGCUUUUACUCACAUGGACCCCUGGGAAUGAUGCGGUGGACGACACCAACAAGGCGGGCCCAAUAAGCCCUGGUCUCAGUGAGACAUCGGAGCAAAGCGACCCAGAGCAGCAAGACGACGAAGUGACGAUCAAUGAAGAGCUUCCUGUACCGCUACCUGCAAAUGACGGGCAGGGAUCGCAGGUUGGAAGCUUGGACAGUCCCGUUAUCGAAUUGGACAGCGGACGACCACACGUUGAAACAACAAGCGAGAGCCCCGCCGACCUCGCAAUUGGAUCUGAUGCAGUAGUACAGACGUCUGAAGAGGAGGCUUGUAGUCCAGAGGACGACAAUACUCACAGCGGCCCCGCUACUCAGGUACCACUCCCCGCUGCUGAGAGUGACGGCCACCACAUGCAUACAGUAUUGGACGCAGACAAGGACUUAGAUAACGAUGGCGCCGGAAGCGACUCUGUUGAGCAUGAAGACGAGAAUGAGAUCGAGAGCAUCGACAAAUCCAGGAAUGAGGCUGAAACAUUGACAAGAGCACAUCAAGAAACCAUGCCCCAAGACCCUGCCACCUCCGGUGCACAGGAUCAUCUCGACCGUGCCAGGCGCCUGGUGAGAAGCACGGCCAUCCGAUCCGAUCCGGGGGAUGUUGAGGAAGAGAGGAGACCACCAGCAGUGGAUGAUGUCGACGGCGUUGGACGUCCGAGUGGUUUUCAGCUUCCCAGAAAAGCCCGCACGUGGGACACGCACGAGCCUCAAGGCCGAGAUUCUCGGGCAGCGACAGCUGAAGAAGAAAACGCCACAAGAUCCGAAGUGGUUUCCGGGUCGGAAAGGAGGAGGAGGACCGGUGGCGAGUUGGCUAUAGGAAACGCAAAGAAGCUUGAAGAUCUUACGGAGCCCAAGAAACGGAGCCUCAGCCGGCAGAAAGAGGAGGAUGAAUACGAUUUAGGAGCUUAUCGAGGCAUCCUUCGAGAUCUCAACUCUCCGUCUCGCGCGUCACAAUCCGUCAGGUUCGGAGACAGAGGUGAGACCACUAGAAACGCACCAGAAGAAGUCAUACGACCUCGCUCGGGUCGGAUCCACCGCGACGCUGUCGAAGCUCGGCGGAGAAGGCGAGCGACCGAAGAGGAUGCCGAGCUGUCUCGAAAAGCCAGAGAGGAACAACUGGAGAUUGAGCGACACAGACGACAAUUGACCGAGCUGCGUCUUGAGAGGAGAAGGCUUGAGGAGGCAUACGCUAUGGCAGAGGAAAGAGAACGCGAGGCAAGGGCACGGCGUAGGCGGGAAGAAGUCGAGCGAGCAGGUAGACUCGGUCUUGGGCUCGAGCUCGGGCUCGACUUCGAAGAUGCGCACCCCGACCUCGAUCGCUUUGGAAGCCUCAGAAGGUACAGGAGGUAG